CCUCGUUAUCCGCACACGAGCGGCUGGGACGAUGGCCGACACGGAAGGGACGCAUCCGCUGCAUACGGCGUGGAGCAUAUGGGAGCUCCGUGAGAUGUCCAAGGGGAACUACGCCGACAAAUUGCACAAGCUAUGCACCUUCAAGACAGUGGAGGACUUCUGGGGAUACUGGAACAACCUGCCCAAGCCCAGCCAAGUGCUCAACGACGGGGUGACGAAAAAGAAGCUCGGCGACCGCGCGAUUGAGUCGUUCUGCUUCUUUCGCGAGGGCAUUACCCCGGAAUGGGAAGACCCUAUCAACCUCUCGGGUGGCGAAUGGCAGGUUGCAUUGAAGCUGCAAGCGGAAGAAUUAGACCAUCUCUGGGACAAACUUGUGUUAGGAAUGAUUGGGGAAACGAUCGACCCGGACAAUGAGAUCACAGGCGCACGCAUCAUUCACAAGAACAAGAAGGAUCAGCACUCGUACCGCUUUGAGUUGUGGCUGCGAAGCCGCGACAUCAACUUGGCGGAUGUGAUCCGAAAUGACAUGCUCGACUGUUUGAACACCGACAACAAAGGAAAAGCCAUCACGCGAGCGGACUGCGUGCACAAGACUCACAGUCAUUAACUCGUGUAGACACACACUUCAACAUGGGAAUACAACUAACGACCUCCAACCACUUCAAUGUCCUUCCUUGUCUCUGCUGG